GGCGCCGCGCCUCGCCGGCGCGAUUGGCUGUCGGCGGGCGCGGGGGCGGGGCCGCGGAGCGCUCGGGGUCGCGCUGCCGGGGCCGAAGCGCGCUCCCGCUGCACGCAGGGCUCGGGUGGCGGCGGCGGCUCCCGAACGCGCUCCCGCUCCGCCCCCUGCGCUGCCCGACGGGAGGUGCGAUGGCUUCCCGCAAGAGCUCCAGAGCCACCGGCGGCAGCCCCAGCCCCGGCUCCAAGAGAGAGACUAAGCACGGAGGAAGCAAGAAUGGAAAGAAAGAAGGCCUCUCUGGAAGCUCAUUUUUCACCUGGUUUAUGGUAAUUGCGUUGCUGGGAGUUUGGACGUCAGUAGCAGUUGUCUGGUUUGAACUUGUAGAUUAUGAAGAAGUUCUAGCCAAAGCAAAGGAUUUCCGUUAUAACUUGUCAGAGGUCCUACAAGGCAAGCUUGGGGUAUAUGAUGCUGACGGAGAUGGAGAUUUUGAUGUGGAAGAUGCUAAAGUAUUGCUAGGUGAGGAGCCAGGAGGGGUAGCCAAGAAAAAAACUAAACUCAAAGUAAAAGAAGCUAUUAAAGAAUCACUCAAGAAAUUAAGGGAGAAACAGGAAUCCAAGAAGGAGGAAAAUGAAGACGAAAAAAAGAAAACCAGGAAAGGAAAAGAUGCUACUGAUCGAAAGGACAAGAAAGCUGUUGAUGUGAAUAAAUUAAAGAAAGAUUCUGACAAGACUAAAAGAGACAGAGGAAAGGAAAAAGGCCUAGACAAAAGUAUAAAAUCCAAGGAGACUACAAAAAGGUCAGCCAGUGAAAAGGAUGGCACUGUUCAGGUGGGAAAAGACAAAGAAACAAAAAAGAUAGUUAAAAGCCAAUCCAAGGAAGACAAGAAAGAAAAGAAAUAAACAAGACUUCCUGUUCUGCUAAUGAGGAACAGACCUCAAGAAUGUAAAAUUCAGUAUUUAUAUGAAUGUGGCAAUAAGAAAAUAAUGUUUUCUGGAAAUAAGUGUGAACAAAGGCUAUAUAUAAUAUUUUUUUUAACUGUUCAGUGUGUACUGGUAUUGUAAACAUAAUGCAGAAACAUCUGAUGUGAAACUCAAGUGUGUACAUAUGUUAAUGUUGUAAUUUUAAUAAUUAAUAGUCUGGCUACCAAUGUGUAUUUAAAACAUUCAAAUGUCAAAUUGAUGCCAGUUACUUCAAGUCUGCUCUAAAUAUGGGUUUGGGUUUUUGUGACUUUUUUUUUUUUCCUUCCUUGUUCACUUGUAUUUGCCUGAUCUGGAGGUGAAAGUCUAAUGUUCUAUAUGAAAUGCAAGUUUAAAAGCAAUAUUAAUAGGCUUAUCUGGACACACAUAGUGGAAAUUCAUAAAAUAUUUCUAUUUCACAGAAACAAGCAAGAGGAGCAUUUAUGGACUGUAGUGUUGUAGGAACUAAACAAAUAAAUAUAACUUAUUCUUUGCCAAAUUUUUUCCCUAAGGAAAUUGGUUUUUUUCCUGAGAAAAAUAUUUUGCAUGCAAAUAGUCAAACCAACUUGACAUUUGCACUUUAUCAUGAGACCCCAGGGUAUACGCAAUCAAAAUGUUUCAACAUUUUUGUCUUUUGAUCCCAUGACAAUAUAUUUCUUCAUUUCUUCAAUUCCCUAUUUACUUAUUUCUCUAUAUUUGUAUUGGAAAGCUUGAUUCAUUAUCACUUUUUAUUUAACUGUGUCCUGAUUUUUUUUCAAGUUUGCCAACCUUUUGGUAAGGGAAUACUGAUAAAAAUUAGGCCAUCUAUUUCAUCAUUGAUAAAUAUUGUUGUAUUCCAGUUACAUUUAAGAUGUGGUAUGCUAGUACUACGCUAUUCUUGUUGAACUUGUUUAGAGAACAGCUUAUAUAUUUUGCAGCUAUUAUCUACUUCAACACUUUCAAGUGCAUGAUGCUUUUAUAAACAAAGUCUUCUGUUAGUUUGUUCUUACAGCUUCUGUAUUUUCAGCAUCAUGGAAGGAUUUAUCCAGCAGUCUCAUUAGAAUAAAUAAAGUUGCAAAAAGAUUUUUGCAGAGAUAAUAGAGAGAUCUCAAAUUAUUCUUGAAUCUAUGGUUGCUUUCAAGUUUAUCUAGAAAUGAAUAUUUUCAAAUAAAUUUGAAAGCAAGUAUAUUGUACGGAACUGCACAAUAUAAUUACACAGAAUUCAGAACAAAAUUUGUAGUGGAAGUUUAAGAUUGAUUUUUGAAGUGCCGCAGCAUUAGUUUCAAGAAAACAAAAUGAAGGAGUGAAAUUGAGAGUGAGUAUAUAUAUGCAUGUGGAUGGUAAUUUAAGAUUGAAGUCCUGAAGGUUAAUUCUGUUUGUAGUUUUGCUAAAAUUUUGUGUAUAACAGUUGGCAAUACACUUAGCUCAGCCGUUCCAUACAUAUGUCUUCAUCAUGCUUUGAUCCCUAGAUUUAUGUGAUAAUAAGGUUAAAGAUUAUUGGAUUUUUUUUUUUUUUUU